AAACUUCUGUGCUUCUCGUGAGUUGCCGAGAGGAGCAUCGUUGAAUGUCCUUCAAGGAAUUCCGACUCAGGACGCAUUGUCUACUCAUCUUUCCGAUACGGCAAUAAAUUAAAAUGGGCGAGCCACAAGCGUCGUUAUUACUUAGGAAACAACUAGCAGAACUGAAUAAGAACCCAGUGGAGGGGUUCUCAGCGGGCCUGAUAGACGACAAUGACAUAUUCAAAUGGGAGGUCCUGAUCAUUGGGCCGCCCGACACGCUGUACGAGGGGGGCUUCUUCAAGGCACAUCUCAUAUUCCCUAAAGAAUAUCCACUGAGACCUCCCAAGAUGAGGUUUAUAACCGAGAUAUGGCAUCCAAACAUUGACAAGUCCGGCGAUGUCUGCAUCAGUAUCCUGCACGAGCCUGGGGAUGACAAGUGGGGCUACGAGAAGGCAUCCGAGCGCUGGCUGCCCGUGCACACGGUCGAGACCAUCCUUGUGUCGGUGAUCAGCAUGCUCGCCGACCCCAACGAUGAGAGCCCUGCUAACGUGGAUGCUGCUAAAGACUGGCGGGACGACUACGCCACGUUUAAGAAGAAAGUCGCGCGCAACGUCCGGCGGAGCCAGGAGCUCUAGGGGCACCAGGUGGGCGCAGGAGCGGCGCAAGCAACACACGAGUUCCUCACUCUCCCUCUGCGGCGCACACGGCCUGUCUCCGUGUGAUUACAUCCUUAAGUUAUGCCUAUAAACUUACUACGUCGAUAAUACUUUAAUUACCCGUG